GUCUGCAGGGGGGGGGGAAGAGAGAGAUUUUAGAGAGAGAAAGUGAAGAGAGAGAAGGGGAAAAGAGGUUGUGGGGUGUUUCGAAUUUGGAGCUUCUUUAUUUGCUUUUUCCAUUUUAUCUCUCUAACGGCCCCCAACGUGAGAGACACAGGACUUGGAUUUCUGGGUAGAGAGAGAAAGUGGGAGAAACACAUAAUGGGUUCAUUCUGCUUCUUCAAUGAUGAGAGUUGAUGAGAAGAGAGAGAAACAUGGGAUCGAAAACCGAGGGCUCACCCUUGAAGGAAAAGGCGUUGGUUUGAUGAAAAUCAUGAAGUAAGAGUUAAGGGGAUUCCAUUUUCAGACUCGGAUGGCGCGUUGAAUACUGUGAAGCAUUUUAGAGAGAGAGAGAGAGCAUCACAGUCGACACUGCUCGAGCCUUCAAUUAUUGAGAAACCCUCUCAAGUUUGAAACCCGAGGAGAGAGAAACAAUAGAGUAAAGUAAACAGAAGUUUCUCUAUUGUAGUAUAGAGAGAGAUUUCUAGAUUUUUAUUGUGGUGUUUUUGUUGGGGUGGAGAGAGAGAGACUGCUUUAAGGUGUAAGAGUAUAGAGAAGCAUAGGAGAAAGUACAAGAGUUUUAAAUAGGAAUUUUUAUUAAGAGAGAAGGAGAGAGUUCCUUCUAGUUUCUUAUUACGGUGUAGAGAGAGAAGCUACAAGUUUAGAAUAACAAGGAGUUUAUGGUGUUUUAGGGCAGUGAGAGGGGCAAAGCACUGUAGAGAUAGCUAAAGAAGUUGUAGAGAGAAAAAGAGUGAUCCUCCUAGUGCUUAUUUAUGGUGUAGACAGAGAGAGGAGCUAUUAAUUUUACAGUAUCAAGAAAGUGUUUAUGGAGUUAUAUAGAGGGGAGCAAGUAGUUUAGAGUGAGAAUAGUGUGUUCUAUAGGGUUUAGAGAGCACUGCAGAGAAUAGAAAGUUUAAAAACUAGAGUUUUUUUAGAUAGAGAGAGAGUUGGUCAGUGCAGUGUAGAGAGAGAGGGAGGGAGGUCUAGAGAGUGGGGUUUUUUUGCCGUGAGUGUAGUGCAGAGAGAGAGUGGAGUUUCUUUCUUGAGGGUAGUGUAGAGAGAUUCUCCUAGAGUGUGGUGCAAAGAGAAGAGAGAGAAAAUGAAUAAUUGGCUUGGUUUCUCUCUCUCUCCUCACCUCAACAUAGAUGGAGGAGGGGCCAACAACCCAAGCAGCCCCACAAACUUCACAGCAUUUCAUGGAGGAGAAAACUCAGAAAACCAGCAUCAAAGCUUCGAUGAAAUGAACAAAACAACAACACAUUUCUCAUCAUCUCACAUGCCUUUGCGCUCAGAUGGGUCUCUGUGCAUUAUGGAGGUUCUCAGACGCUCUCACUCAUCAGAUUGGAGGCUGAAACACAUGGAUUUAUCACGAACCCAUCAAGCUCCGGGCCUUCAAUCCUCACGCCUCAUAUCCACCUCCGAAUUCACCAACAACAAUGUAGAGAGAGAAAAUCCGAAGCUCGAAGAUUUCCUUGGCGCCACUGCGCACCCCCCGCCAUUUGAUCCCGUCUACUAUCAGCGCGGCCACCAUCAGGCGUUGGAUUUCGACCGCGAUCACCCGUCUACGGCUGGCAUCAAUGUAAAUAUCCCGAGCUUUCUCCAGAGCAGCACCAGUUCUAGAGAGAGAGAAAGCGAGGAGGCGCAGGCCCUAACUUCAUCAUUGAUCCGUCGUUUCGAUCAGCCGGAAACCUUUAUUCCGAGCCAUCUCCAAAACCCACAUCUUUAUAACAUGGCCUUAGAAAAUGCGGGCUCCAUGAGCCACGCAAUUGGUUCGGGGCCGGGAAUCUCCGGUUUGAAGUCAUGGCUGAGGCAAAACCCAAUCGCACCAAGUGAUAAGAGAUUGGUGCAUGAUGGUUCCGAGAAAGCGGGCCAAAUUGUGGCCUCAAAUGGAGAUUUUCAGGCGCUUUCUCUCUCUAUGAGCUCUGGUUCUCAGUCUACCUCAGUGAGUUUGCCUCAAUCUGCUGCCAUAGUUUGUGUUCCCUCUGAUAAUGCAAGGAAGCGGGGCCAUGGAAAAGCUCUCACUAAAGAGCCAGUUCCAAGGAAAUCCAUUGAGACCUUUGGUCAGAGGACUUCACAGUAUCGUGGGGUUACCAGGCAUCGUUGGACCGGGAGAUACGAAGCUCAUCUAUGGGACAAUAGCUGUAGAAAGGAAGGCCAGACCAGGAAGGGUAGACAAGUGUAUCUUGGAGGAUAUGACAAAGAAGAAAAGGCGGCUAAGGCCUAUGAUUUGGCAGCUCUCAAGUACUGGGGUCCUUCCACCCAUAUAAAUUUCCCGUUGAGCACUUACGAAAAGGAAUUGGAGGAGAUGAAGAACAUGACGAGGCAGGAGUUCGUGGCCAACUUAAGGAGGAAGAGCAGCGGCUUUUCCAGAGGAGCAUCUGUGUACCGUGGAGUGACAAGGCAUCAUCAACACGGACGAUGGCAAGCUCGCAUCGGCAGAGUUGCCGGUAACAAAGACCUCUAUCUUGGUACCUUCAGUACGCAAGAGGAGGCAGCUGAGGCCUAUGAUAUCGCGGCCAUCAAGUUCCGAGGUGUCUCUGCCGUUACAAAUUUUGACAUUAGCAAAUACGACGUCAAGAGAAUAUGCUCAAGCACAACGCUGAUAGGUGGCGAUCUCGCAAAAAAAUCCGGCAAAGAUCCCGGCCAACCUUCAAUAUCCAGUGAGUUUCCUGGCGACCCGACUAAUGCAGAUGCCAACAAAGAGUCUGCGAUUUUCCCACAGGUAGAAGAAGCCGCCCGUUUGCUAACUGAUCUCAGCGGCAACACAAACAAUUCAUUGGUCUCUUCUCUUAGCAAUCCGAGCUCUAACCCUGAGAGUCCAAAUCAUUCCUCAACUCAUUGCGAAAACGAUCCAAAUUGCCGUAAAAUGACGAUUUAUAACGGCGUCAGACAAGUUCAGGAUGGCGGUGGAGGAGAUUAUUCUCAGGCUCUCUUUCUCUCUCCCGAAUUUGGUGGAAAAUAUGCUAAGUAUGAGGGUUCAAAUAUUUCAGGCAACAAUGUUGGAGGCAAUAUUGGGUGGAUGGGGUCUAACAGGCCAAGCUUUCCUGUGUUCCAUCAGCAUCAGUUACCUAUGUUUGCCCUGUGGAACGACUGAGAAGGUCUUUAAAGAGAGAGAGAGAGAGAGAGUAUGAGACAGAAACACACUUUGUUAUAGGUUUUUUUUGGGUAGUUUUCUAAAUGGGAAGAAAAAUCUCACUGUUUUGAAAUUUGAA